AUGCCAACAAAAUUUUAUGACAAACUAUCGCAAGAUUUUACAAAACUUCUUGAACUCGGUGAUGGGUAUGAUGUGAUCAUACAUGUGGGCGAUGACAAUGGGGAAGAAUGCAAGAGUAAAAUGGACCACGUUUGUGAUGACAAAGAUGAAAAAAAGAUUCAAAAGUCAUUUAAAUUACACUCUGCCAUCUUGAGAUUUAGAUCCGAGUAUUUUAAUAAAGAGUUGACGGAUCUAACGGGCCCAAGGAAUAUUCAGAAUGUGAUGGAGAUUAGGAAGAAGCAUUUCAAGCCCGAGGACCUUGAAACCUCGAGGAUUUUUGAAUUAAUGAUAACCGCUAACGAACUCUGCCUAGAAGAGUUAGUAAAUUAUCUUGAAUCCUACCUGGUGGACACCCGUGCAGAUUGGCUAUGCCUGAACUUCGCUCUAAUCCACAAUACAGGCUACCAAUCCGAAAAUUUGCUUCUAUGGGCGGAACUUGUACAAAAGUUUCCGGAGAGCGAUUUGUUAAAAUCGCCGUUCGGUUCUCCUCCGCAAAGUUCAACCCACUUAUUGCGUGUAACUUCAUCUUCGGUCAUACCACUGUACUCAGAUUCGCCACCGAUUUCGCCUCCGUUGCCUUCAUUCUCCGUAAUAAUCACCAACGAACACGCUGCACAAAUUGCCACGUGGAUUGAUCGUCGGCUCUCUACCUACACCGUGGCGAACAGUCCCUAUGAAUUUAAGUUGCUCUUGCGUGGAAGUGAACACGGAUUUAAGAAUAAAACAUUCCAUGAUAUAUGUGAUUCGCGUUCACGAACGGUGGUCAUAAUGAAGGUCAGUGGCACGAAUGAAAUAUUGGGCGGAUAUAAUCCAUUAAAAUGGAACAAUCACGUUCAAGAAAGCAAGAAUAACGUGAAGGGCAUAAAGUCAAAACAGGAUAAUUGGUCAAGUACAAAGGAUAGUUUUAUUUUCUCAUUGAGCGAAGAGAACUGUAUACUGAGUAGAGUUUCAAAUCCGGGAUACGCAUUUUAUUAUAAUGCCAGGUGGGGUCCGAAUUUUGGAAAUCAUGAUUUGAAGAUGGUUAGUAAUUACAGGAAUGGUAAGGGAAUAGGUUGUAAGCAGGUCAACUAUGAGAAGCCGAUUAGGAAGAGUAGCGAUCCAUUUUCGAUCGAUGAUUAUGAGGUGUUUCAAAUCUGUCCAAAGGGGGAAUAA